AAAAAAGCUUCUUUCACACACUUAGGUCUCUCCCUCCAAAACCCUUUUAUAAAUACCCCAAAAUCAACCGAUUUAACCGUCAUCCUCAUCCUCUUCCAAUCUCGUCUUCUCAAGCCCUAAACCCGGAAAAGAUUGGAAAAUACAGAGAGAGACGAUGGAUAUAGCAAUAGAAUCGAUAGGGCAAGCGGUCUCGAACUCGCUUCUGAUGUUCUGCUUCUGCAAUCUCAUCAUCGUCAUGAUACUUAGAGGAUCCAAACAGGGCUCGACUGUUGAACAAGAAAUGGCGUUUUCCUCCUCCCAUGGUCGCGACAUGUGCAUGACUGCUGCGGAAGAGAUGACGAUUACGGAGAAUGUCUCGCCUUCGUCCCACGAGAGCCACGAAUUGUCCAUCGAUGUCUCGAGGGUUUCGGCAAAAAUCGAAGAAAAUAUCGAAAACGAUGAAGAAAUCCUCCGUCAUGGUGAUGAUGAUGGCGACAACAACGAGGACGAGAAAGAACGCCAUGAUGAUGACGACGACGAUGGUGAUGAUGAUGAUGAUUUGAGAAAGAGAGUGGAAGAGUUCAUCGCUAAAGUGAACGAGGAAUGGAAGAAUGAGAAGCUAAGGGCAUUGCAUUUAGCUAUUGAAUAGAGAGAGCACAUGUCAUCAAGUGAGAAUUUUUUUUUUUUUUUUUUUGUAGAAAUUACGCAAAAUUGCAUCUUUCGUCUUAAUGGUACGCUAAUUUUGCACGAACAUCAAUAAAUCACCGAGAUUUUCUGUA